AGGGGGUGCAGCGGCCGUUCCCAAGCGCCACUUGACUGCGCAGUCAUGCUCACCGCCGCGGCAGAGGUGCUGGCUGCUGUGGACGGCCCCGGGUCUGCGGAGCCCGCGUGGGCUUGGAGAAACGCCCCGAUCGCCACACUGGUGCAGAGGAUCCAGCAGCUGCAGAAUGAACGUGCACAGGCCUUCCGCCGUCUGGACCAAGCUCACCGGCAGUACCUGCUCGGUGAUCAGCACCAUGACUUCCCAAGUUACCGGAGUGUCGUGCACGAGGUGACCCAGACCUUCAGUGCUGCGUCGCGGGAGGUAUUGGCAGUGGAAGCAGAGCUGGCGGGGCCUCGAGCGCAACCGGUGCUCGCCCGCCACGUGCGCAGCCUGCAAGAGCUGGAACAGACGCGCCUGGCCACGGUGGCGCUGCUGCAGGUGAUGGCGACACCGGGAGUGUCAGAACAGGACCCUGAAAAGUUGCGCCAGCUGAAAAUAAAGGUAAUUAAAACCAUGGAGGCGAUCAGCGAGGUUCUGCAGGAACUCAGGUUUGAUGCCGAAUCUGCCGAGUGAGGGCGGCUCCCCAGGGACCAGAGGAAGCCGGGAAGAGGCCCAUGGCGUCCAGCCCAGCCCUGACCGCCAGCUGGCUGAGGUCGUGCCCUGCUGGGCUGCCCUCCAAUGCGCCUCACGCAAUAAAGAAUUCUCCCACUGCA